UUAUUUUAGUGAUAAAUUGUUUAAAAUCAUGCCAUCUGACAUUUUGUACUUAUGGAAGCUACUCAUACAUUUAUUUCUUUAUUUUUUGAUAGUGGGAAUAGAUAUUGAUGGAGAUGUGGAGAGUGCUGAAGGUAAGAAAAAAAGAUUACAAUGAAUCGUUUUUCUUUAUUUUCAACUAUCUUUUUCUUUAAUUAGUGGUGGUGUAUAAGGCAAACAUCAAUAUUUCUGUUGCACAUAACCUAGAAAACACUCAGAAAUAGUGACAGCAAGUUUUUUUUUUUUUUUUUGUAACAAUCUGUGUUUAUCUGUGUUACUCAGCCAGAAUGUCUUGUUUUUUUUUUGCAUGAUAUGCAUUUUCAUUACACUACAAUUAUGCUCUCUUUUUUCUCAGAGGACAAAAAAGCAAAAGGCAAAGGUGCUAAAAAAACAGCAGCCGGUAAACGGGGCAAAGCAGCCGCCAGUGAGGAUGGUGAGGAUGAAGAUGAGGAUGAUGAACCCCCCAGAGGUCGUCGAGCAACCAAUAAAAAGAAAGUUGCACAGGCAGAUGAGGAAGACAGUGAUGAUGAUUUUCCACAGAGGAGACGUGCCGGGAACAGGAGAAGAGGAAAAGUGCGAGAGAGUGGAGGAGAUGGGGAAAACGAGAAGUCCGGGAGAAAAAACAGAAGAGGUGGGAACAAAAAGAAAGAUGCUAAGGGAAAAGGAAAAGACAAGGACAAUGACAAAGACAGCGACAAAGAUGAAAAGAGGAAAAAGAACAGUAGUGGUGAUGAUUCCAAAUCAGAUGAAGAGGAGGAGUCCAUGUCUGAAGGAGAAAUGGCCAAACUGAUGGAGGAGGUGGAGGAGAAGAAGAAACUGAUAGCAAACAUCAGGAACAAGCCCUGGCGAAUGAAAAGACGACUUAAAGUCCUCAAAGAGGCUCAGCAGUUUGUGGAUAAAUUUGAAGGUGCUUUGGGCAAAGGGAAAGGCAGGAAGCUGUAUGCCUACAAAGUGAUGAUGAUGAAGAAAUGGAUAAAGUUUCAAAGAGAUUUUGAAAAUUUUAGGACAUCGUGCAUCCCAUGGGAGCGGAAAAUAAAGGAAGUUGAGAGUCACUUUGGCUCCUCAGUUGCUUCCUACUUUAUUUUCCUCCGUUGGAUGUACGGUAUGAAUUUGGUCCUAUUCGGCUUGACCUUUGGCCUGGUUGUGAUACCAGAGGUUCUCAUGGGACUUCCAUAUGGGUCCAUUCCACGGAAAACUGUUCCGAGAGCAGAGCAAGACACUGCUAUGGACUAUUCUGUUCUCACGGAUUUCAAUGGUUACUGCAAGUACUCAGUACUUUUCUAUGGCUACUAUAAUAACCAGAGAACCAUUGGCUUCCUGAAGUUUCGUCUCCCUCUGUCCUACCUCAUGGUGGGCAUUGGGACCUUCGGGUAUAGCCUCAUGGUUGUGAUCCGAACGAUGGCUAAAAACGCAGAUGUGGGGGGAGGGGAUGGAGAAGACAGUGAGUUCACCUUUGCCUGGAAGAUGUUCACCAGCUGGGAUUAUCUUAUUGGGAACGCGGAGACAGCCGACAAUAAAUAUGCCUCCAUCACCACCAGCUUCAAAGAGUCCAUUGUGGAUGAGCAGGAGAACCAAAAGGAUGAGAACAUUCAUCUGAGGAGAUUCUUACGUGUCCUAGCCAACUUUCUCAUCACCUGUACACUGGGUGGAAGUGGCUAUCUCAUCUACUUUGUAGUCAAACGAUCCCAAGAGUUUGCGAACAUGGACAACCUCUCAUGGUACGAGAAGAAUGAGAUGGAGAUCAUCAUGUCUUUGCUGGGGCUGGUGGGUCCAAUGCUCUUUGAGACUAUCGCAGAGCUGGAAGAAUACCAUCCACGUAUUGCUCUCAAGUGGCAGCUGGGACGUAUAUUUGCACUCUUCCUUGGCAACCUCUACACAUUUUUGCUUGCUCUGUUCGAUGAGGUCAAUUCGAAACUUGAAGAGGAGGAGUCUAUAAAAAAUGCCAGCAUUUGGUUCGUUAAGGAGUAUUAUGCCAACUUCUCAGCCAACAACCCAAAUUACACAGGCACUCCACCUCCUAUUGAUCCCGCUGAUGUCAUCAGAGGCCCAUGCUGGGAAACUGCAGUGGGCUUAGAGUUUGUGAAGCUGACCAUAUCAGAUAUACAGGUGACUUAUCUGACCAUCCUCAUCGGUGACUUCCUGAGAGCGCUGAUUGUACGUUUCCUGAACUACUGCUGGUGCUGGGAUCUGGAGGCUGGCUGGCCUUCCUAUGGUGAAUUUGACAUAAGCGGCAAUGUGCUGGGAUUGGUAUUUAACCAAGGAAUGAUCUGGAUGGGGGCGUUCUAUGCUCCUGGUCUGGUGGGCAUUAAUGUUCUGCGGCUCCUGAGCUCCAUGUACUACCAGUGCUGGGCUGUAAUGGCCUGUAACGUCCCACACGAGAGAGUCUUUAAAGCUUCCAAAUCCAAUAACUUCUACAUGGGCCUGUUACUACUCAUCCUCUUUCUAAGUCUCCUGCCUGUGGUUUACACCAUUAUGUCUUUGCCUCCCUCCUUUGACUGUGGACCCUUCAGUGGGAAGGCAAAAAUGAUUGACAUCAUUAUGGAGACCAUUGAUCUGGAUCUUCCUGCGUUUAUGGGGACGAUUUUUGGCUACCUAGCAAACCCUGGACUCAUUAUAGCAGCAGUGCUUCUCAUGGUUCUGGCCAUUUACUAUCUGAAUUCAGUGUCACAGGCCUACCAGAAUGCCAACUUGGAGUUAAAAAAGAAAAUGCAGAUGGCAAGAGAUGAGGAGAAGAACAGACGGAACAACAAAGACAGCACUAACCAGGUAAUGAAGGACCUGGAGGAUCUACUUCCCAAAAACGCACAGAUGUCCCAUGCCCCUCCGGAGAAUAAAGCAGAUAAAAGGCAUGACCAGGGUGGAAAAUCUCCAAAAGUGAAACCAGGCACUGCUGGAAGUGAUGUGCGUCUGCAGAAAGAUGUGUCACUUGCGUCAGCCAAUCCUAAUGCCCGGGGGCCUGUGACUCGAGCACCAGGCCCCAGGGGACCUGGACCUCUACCUGGUCAACCAGGGGCAGGCAGGGGUCAAGGGCCACCCCCUAGACGCUAAUGUGUGAUCUAUUCAUUAUUGUGUGCCCUCCCCACUAUACACUCUAAAAUCAAUGUAAUCAUUGGUUGUUUUUCCAGAGAAAGAAUAUUUCAAUAUGAUUACAUUAUUUGCUGCUAGACACUUCUGCAGAAAUUUGUAAAUGAUAAAUAUUCUUGUAAAUUGCAUGUAUCAUAUACAUACAGUGGCCCCAAAAAGAAUCUGGACACUCAGUCACAUCUAAAAAUGUUAGAAUGCAAUUAACAAUUAGCAUCUUUAAACAGAUACCAGAACUUUUCUUAAAACUAACUUCUUCCCUACGUUCACUGAACAAUUCUCUGCUGUGACUUUUAACCAGCUAAGUGAUUUUCAACAUAAAGUCAGUGAUUUUUCAACAUAAAGUUUAUCGGGUGUCGUUCAUCAUAUUAAUUAUAAGCAAAUUUCAUUUUCAAACAUUGGAAAUCUAAAAAUGUCCAAAUACUUUUUGUCUUCCUUUUUGAACAGUAUAAUGGUUGUUUUAUCAUUUAAAAAAAAAAAAAGUAAAAUGUUUUGUUUGUUUGUGUGUUCUAGCAGUUUUCUUUUAAAAUAAGUUGUGAUGUGAUUUUUUUUUUUUUUUUAAGUCUAGUGCAGUGACAUCAUACAUUUCUAAGUGUGUCUUAAGUGUAUAAAUACUCUUUGGGGCUGCUGUAUGUGAGAUGUGUCGUGGAAAUUCAAAUAAUUCAAACAACUUCCAGUUGUUCUAUACAUUAUGCUCUCUAUACAUACACAGGUGUAUGCUGAUCUGAUACAGGAUCAUUAAUACUAACUCUGAGUCUUACAGCCUCAUCCUGAGGGCUACUCUAUAGUCUUCCAACACUAUUACUGUCCCUGCUGUUGUCCUCUGAGUGUAGAAUCUUUAGUGCUUCUAUUCCUCAGCUGUGCAGCAUAUACCAGGCACGACUCCCAAGUUGCAGGAAUUAAGUUUUAUUCACUGCUGGGUGCUCACUGCUUACAACAACCAAGAGAGUCUCCUUGAACAGAGAGAGACAUCAUAUAGUUGAGUAGAAAUCAAUGCCACUCUAGUCUUCUCUGUAAUUGGAUAGACCGUUCUGGUAAUUGGUUUGUAAUGAUCUUCUAAGCUAAUCAUAUGGCUGAUAAAGAUUUUGUGUUAAGCAAUGACCUGAGCAUCCUUAGUCUGCACUUUUCUGCACAUUCCAUGUUAAAAUACCCUUUUGACCAAUUCUGAGCCCAUUACAUAAAACAUUACCAUCACAGAUGUAAUGCAUAUAAAUUAAACUACUACAUAUGCCUGUUGAAUAACUGAACUACAGUUUUCAAAUUUCUA